GGGUCGGGUUUUGUGAUACCCAAUUACUUCAAACCCUAAACCCUCGCAAUAUAAAGCCUGCCGCCUACUUCUAAGCCCUCUUUGGACGGGAGAGGAAUCCAAAGUCUUCAUCCUCGAAUUCGAUUAAAUGGGUAAGGGAACGGGAAGCUUCGGUAAGAGGAGGAACAAGACUCACACUCUUUGUGUUAGGUGUGGCCGCCGCAGCUUCCAUCUUCAGAAGAGUCGAUGCUCCGCCUGUGCAUUUCCAGCCGCCCGUAAGCGUAAAUAUAACUGGAGUGUCAAGGCGAUCCGAAGGAAGACCACUGGAACUGGGCGGAUGAGAUAUUUGCGCCAUGUUCCUCGCAGAUUUAAGAGUGGUUUCAGAGAAGGUACUGAGGCAGCGCCAAGGAGCAAAGGAGCAGCAGCAUCAGCCUAAGACAUCGAAGCUUAAUUGUGGCACAACUUGGUACCUUAUAUAGUUCUAGGAGGAUUUUGUCAUUUUUGGGACUAGAAUUUAUAAGAAUUUUGUUUGAUGAUGUUAUUGCCUUCAAUACUGAAACUCAUUUUUAUUUGUUACUAUUUUGUUUUUGGAAUUUCUGGUUAUUGUUUUCAGACCACUUUCACCUUUGCUUAAUCUAUGUCUUGAGUUAUAUAC